AUGUCGGGAGAUUCGAGGGCCAUCGUUAAAGCCCUCGAGGAAGUCCUCGUUCGGCUUCGCGAGAACCCGUACCCGCAUGUCCCCAAUCCUCCCAACACCUCCCGAAAACGAGCCAGCGUUGCUGCCAUUAUCCGUGUCCGACCGGCCUAUAAACCAGUCCCUGCAAGUGUCAAUGGCUCCCUCGUAGCGAUCGAUAAGCCUUCACCUCCCUCGCCCCCUUCUACAAUCAGCGAGUUCUUCGCGCAGGAAUGGGUCCAAGAAGGAGACCCGGAAUUACUCUUCAUCAAGCGUGCCGGCCGCGCUGGUGACAGGUGGUCGGGACAUGUCGCCUUGCCUGGAGGGAAGCGGGAUCCUGAAGACGCGGACGACUUUGCUGCUGCUGUGCGUGAGACAAGAGAAGAGAUUGGAUUAGACCUGGACACAGCGAACUGUCUACCCGCAGGAAAUCUCCCUGAGCGACUCGUUACUACCUCUUGGGGAAAAGAUGUUCUCAUGGUGUUAUGUCCCUAUAUCUUCCUCCUGACAGGCAAGACCGUCCCUCCACUCCAGCCGCAGCCCACGGAGGUCGCCUCAGUGCACUGGGUCUCUCUCCGCGCUCUGCUUUCACCAACCCUCCGGACGAGAGAACCCGUGGAUAUAUCCUCCAGGAUUGCGAAGCACGUUGGGCCAACAAUCCACAAACUAAUCCGUUGGACAAUGGGCAAGAUGAUGUUCAGUGCCGUCCGCCUUCUCCCCACAGAGUCCGUUUUUGCCAGUUCAAUUCCCGGCUUUAUACCCACGGAGGGCGGGGAUAAUCUUUCCACGGUGUCAGGAUGGGCUCAAGCGCCCUUCGGUGUCCCGUCCUCAAAUACUCACCGCUCUCUCCUGACCUACCAACAACCACUUAUCCUCUGGGGUCUGACACUCGGCGUGCUGGCGGAUCUACUCGACCAGCUUCCGCCGUACAACGCCGUGGCGCUCUGGAAAUAUCCCACGUUCACAGUCCCUGACCUCCGCCUGCUCGUGUACAUCAUGACCCGCUCGUUCCGGAAGAACACUGCAGAAACCUUCUCCUCAGGCUCUUGGCCGAGUCGACUACAGCGGCAGCCGAGUCAAACCGCCAUGGAUGGCGCCACCGAGGCCACAGCCAUCUCCGUGGCCGAACCUGCACCUGCCAUGGGACCUGAAUCGACAUCUGUACCAGUCACUACGGCUACAGAGAAGUCUCCCUCUCGAAAGGCCAAGCGAUCAUCCUUCAACAAGCACAGUGUCGGCAUCGGCGGAUUAGGCGUUGGAAAAGACCCGCAACAUGCUGUCGGUAAGUUGAUGCACGGAUACUAUGGCAGGGUCAAUUGGGCGAUAGCGCUGUUUUUGGCAUACAGAACAGCGCUCACGGUGAGUGUGGCGUGGUGGGUGGUUAGGUGGUGGCGGAGGCGAAGAGCCGCGCCCGCUUAA